CAAUUUCUUGAAGCAAAUAUUGUGCAGCAUGAAAAGAGAUUGGAGCCAAUUUUGGUCCACAAAUUCGAUUGUUAUCGCCAUUCACCUUCUUCCCGAAUCUUCACCUUCUCCGCUGAAAGCAAGCCAGAAGCGACUGUGAAUUAGGGUAAUCGCUGAAUCAAAGAGAUGAUUCGUUGUUUUCAGAGCAAUUCUUCCAUUGAUUACUGAAUAUAUCAGUUUCCUCUGCUUUCUUUUAGCAUUUGGGGACUCAAAUUUCGUUUUCUACAAAAAAAAAAACCCCCAAAUCAUGUCACUCACAUCCACCUUGUUACAUUCCUUUUCAAAUCCCAAAUGCCCCAUUUCUUCUUCUUCUUCUUCCUCGUUGCCGAGGUCGGCGACAGAUUUCGCCGCUUCUUCUCAAGCUCUGACUGGAAUUCGAUUUCCGAGGAUUAUCGGCGCCGGUCUGGCUUUGGACUCGAAAACCAUGGUGGUUUUGAUCGGCACGGGCUUGACUCUUGCUCUUCUGGGACCUGAAUCGGCUGCUGCUACUGCUGCUACGGAAUUGCAGUCGUUGGGUGCUUCUUCGCUGCAGUUUAAUGAACCCCAAAAUGCUCUGUCCUUGCCCACCUGGGCUAUACAUGUUUCCAGUGUUGUUGAAUGGAUUACAGCAAUGGCUUUGGUGUGGCAAUAUGGAGAGAAAUCUGGCAAUGAGUCUUGGAAGGGACUUUCUUGGGGAAUGGUACCAUUGCUUGGUGGAGCAUUUUGUGCUUGCACAUGGCAUUUUUUCUACAAUUCUGAGUCUCUCGAGGUUUUGGUGGCCCUUCAGGCAAUACUGACGGCUGUAGGAAAUGCCACAAUGUGCAUUGCUGCAUUUCGCAUAUACAAAGCAUCACAAGAACGUUCAAGUAAGUUGUAAAGAAACCAUAUAAUAUAACUCAACCUAGUAGGGAUUUGAUAGUGAACCCCAAUGGUGAGGUUAGAAAUGUGAAGGACAAACCAAUGUUUGGUCAUUGCUGUCAAUGUCACAGCACAUAUUGGGUUGAAAAGUCAAAUAAUUUGGUUUCUAUUUUCAUUUACCCUUUUGGUGAAUGGUCAAUUUUUAUUUUCA